AUGGAUAAACAAGUGAAGUACAACUUCUAUAUUUGGGGUUCGAGCUUUAGGCCACGUAAAAGUUUGGGACGGCACUGGCUACAAGUGGAGAAAUCACAGAUUCUAGCAUUGAAACACGCAAGCAUACAAUCCAUAGAACGCCAAUGUUUGAUGCUCGACCAGAAGAUCGCAACUGAGAUAGUUAUGAUGAUAUCAAUAAAUGUAUCGAUUGCUGAGUUUUACGGGACGCUAAAGAACGAGGUUGAAGAGUUAAAGGAGUUAGACCAAGAGAGGGACAAGUAUUACAAGCUAAAAUGCUCAGAGAUGAACGAGUUCAUGCAAAAUGUAGAGCGGUUCAGAUCAGAGAACCGGUUACAAGUCAAGAACCUGAGAGACCAAGUCAAGGAGUCUAGCUCAACGUUUGAGGAAUUACAUAACAAGAACAAUUAUCUGAGGAACACAAACUAA